AUUUUAUUAGAGACAAAAAAGGAAUGCAGAAUUUAUUUUAUACUAUAUUAGUCCUGAACAGAUUUCUACACAAGCAAGUACUAUGCAUUUAUAAUCAGAAAAAAUAUCAAAAUUAGCUCUGUGGAAAAUGAUCAUCUUGCAAGCAGAUAUCAUGUACCCCUAUUCUUGAUUUAGCUCAUCUUCUUGAUGUAAAUAUGAAGUGUCUGUGAUUAAGAUUCCAUUUGAAGCCAAAAUCUUCAUGUUUGUCUUAACAAACACCAUCUCAGAGUACAUUGCUUUGUGUAAAACUUGUUUGUGGUUUGAGUACAAACCUGCAAAGAUAUAGUUCAGGCUCCUUUUCCCAACGUCCUUCACUUUCCUUAGUAUGACCGUUAUUUUGUAAAAUCUGAUAAGGCCCCUAAUAACUUGGGGUUUGGGAAUUUGAUUUGAGGUAACAUGGCUUAGCGUGUCACCUAUUUUUUAUUAAACCAAAAAAGACAACCUCUAUGUGACAAAGAUGUGCAUUUAUGUGGACCUUAAUAAUUACCCCCAAAUAAAACUAUUCACGGGUUCUGACUGUUCCAAAUACUUCCAGCUUCAGCACACUAAUAGGAUUUAUAGCUGUCUUAGAUGAGGAAGCAGUACCUUCUAAAGUUCAUUAAAAAGCCAUAUCAGAAUGCCAUGUGUUCAGGUACAUUUUCUUUUCUUUAUGGGUAUCAAGAAAAAAUCUCAGCGUAUGUUUUUACACAAGGCUGUGCGAUUACUCUUUCCCAUUACUCUUUCAAUUGAGCCUGACAAAUGAGGUAAAAAAAACUAUCAUUCAAGGACAAAUUAGAAAGAUCUAGGUUGGCUGGUGACAAAACCACUGACUAACUGGCCCUUUGUAUUUUUAUAACCCUUCAUUGUAUGGAAUCCAGAAUCAUAGUGAGUCUCAGACAUGUCCCACAAGUCUAGGUAGCCCUCAACAAUGUGUUCAGUGAUCCAGCCCAUCAGCAUCCAAGCCAGCAGGGUGAAGGAGGAGAAGUGGAGGGGUUGCUCAUUGCCUUGAAGAAUGCAUAUGCCACUUCCAUUCAAGUCCUGCUCACCAGAACCUAGUCAUGUGACCACACUUAGCUGCAAGGUUGGCUGAGAAAUGCCUUUAACUGGGUUCUAUUACUAAUUGAAAGUGGGAAGAGUGAAAAUUGGGGAUAACUAAUAAAUAUUAGUUAGUCCAAGUCAUGGAUUGUGAUAUUAAUUCCAUGAGCAAGGAAAGUCAUUUAAAUGUUUUAUGCAGAGGGAUGCCAUGACGGUAACUAUGUUUCAAAGCAUAUUUGUGUGUGUGAGAGAGAGACUGAAAGAGAGAGAGAGAGAAAUGGAUUAGAGAGAACUUGUCUGGGUGUUAAGAGGCCAUUUUCAAAUCCAAGUGAGAAAUGGUGGCUAGUAACAAUAGUGAGGAUAAAGGGGGAUGGAAUGGACCCAAAAGAUACAGAAGAAAUAACUUCAAAAGAUGAAACAGGGGCAAAUGAGGAAGGAAAGACCUCCAGGUAACUCCUAGGUUUCUGAUUUAUACUGCAAAUUCUGGAGAUCAGGCGUUUAUGGACCACUAAGUUUAGUUUUAGAAAUGCGCUUUAGAGGUAUUUGUCAGAUAGGUGGUUUCUACACAUUCAAAAUAAGAUUUCAAAACAUAUUAGCCACAAAUUCACCAUCAGUGAAAUUCUCAAACCUAGUCAUUGUUAACUGAACCGUUUAAAUGAAUUUCCCCCUCUGAGUGUUUCUCAUCUUAAAGGGUUUGUAUGUAUCACAUGUCACAGAAUGGUUUAUUGCACAUAAACAUGGGAAAGCAAGCCAGGCAGGAGUCCAGUAAUCAGCUAAAGGCCCGACUAAUUCUGGAAGCAGUCAUAAAUCAUCAACAGUCUUCUUGUGUUGACAGUGUGGACAGAACUGUUGCUCACACACAGGAAAAUGAGUCACACAGUCUUGUGUGUAUUGCAACUCACUCCACACUCGAUGAUGGGAAUCGUCAUGAUUGUUCUGUGUGAGCAGCUACAAGAACUAUGGCAAAGUUCCAGAGCUAGAAAGCAGUUCUUUUAGGUUUGUUUUUUUUUAUGUCACUCAAGUAUGUAAUUCACUAAAUGUUUAGUAGUUUGUACCUUUUGGUUGACUUGUGAGCCCUUUCUAAAAGAGGCCUAUUUCCCUCUAUUAGAAGGUAAUAAAAAAAAAAAACCUAAAUUACAUUUUCUAAGUGCUGUGUUCUUCUGCCCAAUUGAUCAAAAUGUACUUAGUUGAUUAGGACUUUGAAGGGCUAGGAUGAGGGGACUAAAUUAAUAUUCAGGAAUUCCAGUUUUCUAGGGGUUUUCUAAUCAACUACUUUAUACUGCUGAAAAUGGUUAAACGUUUACAAUGAAAUUAAGUAUGCUAGGAUUUCUGAUGAGCACUGAUGUUUUAGAAUUCAUUUAUUCAUUAAUUUCUUCAUUUAUAAAAUGUACAAUGUGCUAUCUUCUGGCACUUGAGAUACUUUAGUGAGGUAGCAGUAAGCACAACAGAUGGCCACUUAUGCCUUUGUUCUUGCACUCCUUUGAGAAGGGAAAGGACCAGAUUCAGAUAAUCUAUCACUGCUUUCAACCCAUCUAAAUCAGAGCUUUUGUUGAGUACUAAUGCUUAGCCCUCUUCUCAGCUGAUUUGGCUGCCUUCAUUGUAAUAGGCCUCAUGAGACUCCAGCCCAGGCCUGGCCUUCACUUCAGCAGGCAGAGCAUAGAGAUGUCCUGGGCAAAGGUCAGGGGAUUUGUUAUAUGAGGCAAUGAUCUGGUGUAAUUUAAUUUACUCUUCUGGUACUAGAUAUAUGUGUGUGCGUGCAUGAGAGAGAAAGAUUGAGAAUGACUGAUUUUGGAGGGAUUUUGUGAAGGUUUACAUAUCAAAGCAGAAAGACCAAGAAGUUAGCGAUUAAUACAUGCCAAGUGGUGACCAAGAAACUUCCAACCCCUCCCUCUCUGCCAGAUUUUAACCAAAUCAGUGUGAUGUGAUCUGCUUGCAUACAUGAGUGAAUGAAAAAGGAAAUUUAAAAGGUUCUUGAUAUAAAGCCUGGAGGAAACAAUACGAAACCCAGCCUCUAUUUCAGCAAUAUCUGCCGGACUGUUGGUCCUACAGGUAUGGAUCUCUGGCAGCUGCUGUUGACCUUGGCACUGGCAGGAUCAAGUGAUGCUUUUUCUGGACGUGAAACCACAGCAGCUAUCCUUAGCAGGGUAUCCCAGAGUCUGCUAAGUGUUAAUCCAGACCUGAACACAAAUUCUUCUAAGAAGCCUAAAUUCACCAAGUGCCGUUCACCUGAGCUAGAGACUUUUUCAUGCCACUGGACAGAUGCAGUUCAUCAUGGUUUAAAGAGUCCAGGACCCAUACAGCUGUUCUAUACUAGAAGGAACCCUCAAGAAGAGACUCAAGAAUGGAAAGAAUGUCCUGAUUACGUUUCUGCUGGGGAAAACAGCUGUUACUUUAAUUCAUCGUUUACCUCCAUCUGGAUACCUUACUGUAUCAAGCUAACUAGCAAUGGUGGUACAGUGGAUGAAAAGUGUUUCUCUGUUAACCAAAUAGUGCAACCAGAUCCACCCAUUGCCCUCAACUGGACUUUACUGAACAUCAGUUUAACUGGGGUUCAUGCAGACAUCCGAGUGAGAUGGGAAGCACCACUCAGUGCAGAUAUUCAGAAAGGAUGGAUGGCUCUGGAGUAUGAACUUCAAUACAAAGAAGUAAAUGAAACUCAGUGGAAAAUGAUGGACCCUAUAUUGUCAACAUCAGUUCCACUGUACUCCUUGAGAGUGGAUAAGGAAUAUGAAGUGCGUGUGAGAUCCAAACAACAAAAAUCUGAAAAUUAUGGCGAGUUCAGCGAGGUGCUGUAUGUAAAACUUCCUCAGAUGAACCAAUUUACAUGUGAAGAAGAUUUCUACUUUCCAUGGCUCUUAAUUAUUAUCUUUGGAAUAUCUGGGCUAACAGUGAUGCUAUUUGUAUUUUUAUUUUCUAAACAGCAAAGGAUUAAAAUGCUGAUUCUGCCCCCAGUUCCAGUUCCAAAGAUUAAAGGAAUUGAUCCAGAUCUCCUCAAGGAAGGAAAAUUAGAGGAGGUGAACACAAUCUUAGCCAUUCAUGAUAGCUAUAAACCUGAAUUCCACAGUGAUGACUCUUGGGUUGAAUUUAUUGAGCUAGAUAUUGAGGACCCAGAUGAAAAGACUGAGGGAUCAGACACAGACAGACUUCUAAGCAGUGACCAUGAGAAAUCACGUAGUAACCUAGGGGUGAAGGAUGGCGACUCUGGACGUACCAGCUGUUACGAACCUGACAUGCUGGAGACUGAUUUCAAUGUCAAUGACAUACAUGAUGGUACCUCAGAGGUUGUUCAGCCACAGAGGUUAAAAGGGGAAGCAGAUCUCUUGUGCCUUGACCAGAAGAAUCAAAACAACUCACCUUAUCAUGAUGCUUGCCCUGCUAUUCAUCAGCCCAGUGUUAUCCAAGCAGAGAAAAACAAACUGCAACCACUUCUUACUGAUGGAGCUGAGUCAACUCAUCAAGCUGCCCAUAUUCAGUUAAGCAAUCCAAGUUCACUGGCAAACAUUGACUUUUAUGCCCAGGUGAGCGACAUUACACCAGCAGGGAGUGUGGUCCUUUCACCGGGCCAAAAGAAUAAGGCAGGGAUGUCCCAGUGUGAUAUGCAUCCAGAAGUGGUCUCACUCUGCCAAGCAAACUUCAUUAUGGACAAUGCCUACUUCUGCGAGGCAGAUGCCAAAAAGUGCAUCCCUGUGACUCCUCACAUCAAGGUUGAAUCACACACAGAGCCAAGCUUUAACCAAGAGGACAUUUAUAUCACCACAGAGAGCCUUACCACUACUGCUGGGAGGCCUGGGACAGCAGAACAUAUUCCAGGUUCUGAGAUGCCUGUCCCAGAUUAUACCUCCAUUCAUAUAGUACAGUCCCCACAGGGCCUCAUACUCAAUGCGACUGCCUUGCCCUUGCCUGACAAAGAGUUUCUCUCAUCGUGUGGCUAUGUGAGCACAGACCAGCUGAACAAAAUCAUGCCUUAAGACUUUCUUUGAUUUCCCAAGAGCUACGUAUUUAAUGGCAAAGAAUUGGCUGGGGCAUGAACACUUAAACCAAAACAAUGUUUAAACCUUUUUGUGGGGGUGACAGGGUGGGGUGUGGAUUCUAAAUGCCUUUUCCCAAAAUGUUGAAAUAUGAUUUAAAAAAUAAGAAAAAUGCUUAAUCAGAUAGAUAUUCCUAUUGUACAUUGUAAAUAUUUUAAAGAAUUGUGUCAGACUGUUUAGUAGCAGUGAUUGAUUGUCUUAUUAUUGUGGGUGUUAAUUUUGUGAUACUAAGCAUUGAAUGGCUAUGGUUUUAAUGUAUAGUAAAUCACGCUUUUUGAAAAAGCGAAAAAAUCAGGUGGCUUUUGCAGUUCAGGAAAAUUGAAUGCAAACCAUAGAACAGGCUAAUUUUUUUGUUGUUUUUUAAAUAAAAUGCUUUUUUAUUUAAAAAUUAAAUUAAAACUAUAAGUGAGAAAUUAAAGCUAUAAGCAAGAAGGCAAAAAUAGUUUGGAUAUGUAAAACAUUUAUUUUGACAUAAAAUUGAUAAAGGUAUUUUUAAUAAUUUAAACUUAGAGCAUGACUAUUUUAUAUUACACUACACACUGUGAACUGCAGUUGGUGUGAUCCCUCUAAGGAGUAUAGCAACUACAGUCCAAAGCUGGUUUAAUGCUUUGGCCAGUGCACCUAAAGAAAAACAAACUAGUUUUUUACAAAGCCCUUUUAUACCUCCCCAGAGUCCUUAAACAAUUCUAAAAUGAUUAUAAAAUUUUGUAUUAUUAGAACACAAUUGUUUCUUCUGAAUUUUUAAACAAAUAUUUGUUAAUUUGGAAAACUUUAAAUUGUUUGCACAGAUCAACUUACUGUGCACCAAAAGAUGUAAAAGCAAAAAAAGGAAACCUUUCUUCACCAAAUCUUGGUUCAUGCCAAAAAAAAUACAUCCUAAGAGAAGUAGAAAUCAGUUGUUUCAUACUUAACGAGGUGCUUAAGUGCUGUGGUUGCACGUGGAAUGAGUUUUUUAGUGCGUGCAGAUGGUGAGAGAUAAGAUCUAUAUCCUCUGCAGCAGAAUCUGUUCACACCCAACUUGGUUUUGUUACAUAAUUAUCUAGGAAGGGAAUAAGAUACAAGAAGCAUUUUGUAAACUGAAGCAGAUCAGUUUUGGUAACGAAACAAAGAGUUCAAGAAAUAGGUUUUUGUUUCAUGGCCUAUAACCAGGCACAUAUUCAUUUUUCAUGGUAAUGAACAGAUCAUAGACAGAAGAAACAAGGUUUUCAGUUCCCACAGAUAACUCAAAAUUAUUUAAACCAGUAAAAGAAACUCUCUUUCUCACUAAACCUUUUAUAGCAUGUAUUUAAAAUAGCAAAAGAAUAAGUUUCAUCAUUUUUUACUUCCUCUGAGUGGAUUGGCCUCAAAGCAGACAUUCAAAAGAAAAAGAAGAGGCCUGAGUAAUUUACAAAUUUUUUUGCAAUCCUUCAUAUCCUAACAUCAUUCUUAAGAGCAUUGGGAUAGCUCCUGAAAAGGUUUAUGAAAAAGAAGAAUCUCAUCUCAGUGAAGAAUAUUUCUCAUUUUUAAAAAAGCUUAAAAACUUUGAAGUUAGCUUUAACUUAAAUAGUAUUUCCCAUUUAUCUCAGACCUUUCUUAGGAAGCAAGCUUAAUGCUGAUAAUUUUAAAUUCCCUCUUUCCUGCAGGAAGGACUAUGAAAAGCUAGAAUUGAGUGUUUAAAUUUCAACAUGUUAUUUGUAAUUGCUGUUUAAUAGAUUUUCUGCUACCUUGCUGCUAUGGUUUUCUCCAAGAACUACAUAAUUUAGUUUCAUAUAAAGUAUCAUCAGUGUAGAACCUAAUUCAAUUCAAAGCUGUGUGUUUGGGAGACUAUCUUACUAUUUCACAACAGGCUGACAACAUUUCUAUAGCCAAAAAUAGCUAAAUACCUCAAUCAGUCUCAGAAUGUCAUUUUGGUACUUUGGUGGCCACACAAGUCAUUAUUCACUAGUAUGACUAGUUGUGUCUGGCAGUUUAUAUUUAACUCUCUUUAUGUCUGUGGAUUUUUUCCUUCAAAGUUUAAUAAAUGUAUUUUCUUGGA